AUGAAGAUUCUCUUCUUGUUGUUCCUCCUCUUUUUGGGUUUUACUAAAGUCUAUCCCACACCUACACUUUCCCUCCAAGAAGUUGAUGUGCUCAAGGUCAUUGCCAAGACAAUGAAGAAGACAAACUGGAACUUUGGUAUUGAUCCCUGCGAUACAAGAUCAACAAAUGGUGGAUGGAGAAAUCCAAAUGCCAUAAAUGGUUCAGAAGACUUUGUGAGUUGCAACUGCACCUUUGACAACAACACAUUGUGCCAUGUCACUGGAAUAGUUAUCAAGUCACAGGAUCUUCAGGGUUCUCUACCGAAAGAGCUUGCUAGUCUUCCUUUUCUCCAAGAGCUUAAUCUAGCCAGAAAUUUCUUAUCUGGUUCAAUACCAGCAGAAUUGGGAGUCUUACCUCUUGUCCAGAUGAUACUUUUGGGAAAUAGGUUAACUGGUACAAUCCCCAAAGAGAUUGGAAACAUUGCUUCUUUAGAAAGACUUGUCUUGGAGAACAACCAGCUUUCAGGGUCAUUACCUCCACAGCUCGGGAGUUUACUGAAUCUUCAAAGACUCUAUCUUAGCUCCAACAAGUUCACGGGAAAGAUUCCAUCUACAUUUGGAAAAUUGAUCAGCUUGAGAAACCUGCGUCUAAGUGACAAUCAGUUCAAAGGAACACUUCCAGAUUUCAUUGAGAGGUGGACAGAACUUGAGUAUAUGGUUCUCCAUUCGAGUGGCCUGGUUGGACCCAUACCAAUUUCCAUUUCUGGUCUUACAAAACUGAAAGUAUUGAUGAUCAGCGACAUGACUGGACCUGGAUCUCAAUUUCCACCACUAAGGAAUAUGCAAGAGUUGACAAUGUUAGUUCUGAGAAACUUGAAUCUUACAGGAGAGUUACCAUCAUAUCUUGGAAGGAAUACCAGUAACUUAACCCUCUUAGACCUAAGCUUCAACCAACUAAGUGGAGUAAUCCCUAAUACUUAUGAGGAGCUUGGAGAUGUUAAGAAUCUGUAUCUUACAGGAAACAUGUUAAACGGAUCAGUCCCUAGGUGGAUGUUAAAUGGGAGAGGUCUAAUAGAUCUCACCUACAACAACUUCUCUGAAGAUUCAAUUACCACAAGCUGCUACCACAAUAGCAUGAAUCUGUUUGCAAGUUCUUAUACAAGGACAAACAACUCCAUGAAUGUUUUCUGUCUUAAGAACUUCAGAUGUCCAACAAGUCUCGAUAGUCUCUAUAUUAACUGUGGUGGAGAUGAGGAGACGACUGUCAACGGGUUGGUUUUUCAAGCUGAUGACUAUGAUAGAAAACCAGGUUACUAUGAAAGUACGCGAUGGUUCUCGAGCAAUACAGGAAUCUUCUUGGAGGAUUCUCGCGGUGUUCCAAAAGGAACAACAAUCUGGUCGGAUUCAUCCAAAGUCAAAGGAGUGGAAAAUUCAAAAUUGUACGCUCAAGCACGACUUUCACCGAUCUCCUUGACAUAUUAUAUGUUGUGUCUCAGUAGCGGGAACUACAAGGUGUCUCUACACUUCGCUGAAAUUAUGUUCAAUAAAAGCAAGAGUUACACGAGCUUGGGUAAACGCCUCUUUGACAUACAUAUCCAGGGAGUCCUUGUUCUGAAAGAUUUCAAUAUCGCUGAGCAGGCUGGAGGUGUUGGAAAAGUUGUUGUGAAGACAUUUCCGGUCAUAGUAAACAAUGGGUCUCUGGAGAUACGCUUGUAUUGGGCUGGUAAAGGUACUGUAGCCACUCCUGUGAAAGGUGUUUACGGUCCUCUUAUAUCAGCUAUAGCUGUUGAUCAAACAUUUGUUUCACCAGUUAAGAAUGGGACCUCUUCAAGUUCACAUUCACGCAUAUGGAUAGGAAUCGGGGUUGGUUUGGUUGUGCUUUUCUUGCUGUUGAUUGGCUUUAGUAUUCUAUGGUUUAAAGGUCUUCUAACAUCCAAAAGCCGUCUGGAACGAGAAUUCAAAAAGAAGAAUUUCAACACCACCAGAUUCUCCCUAAGGCAACUCAGUGCUGCCACAGACAAUUUCAGUGAGGCUAACAAGAUUGGUGAAGGAAGCUUCGGUAAGGUCUAUAAAGGAAUAUUGACCAACGGCACUAUAAUUGCUGUGAAGCAGCUUGCAAAGAAGUCAAAGCAAGGGAGUGUAGAGUUUUUGAACGAGGUUGGUGUCAUCUCAGCGUUGCAGCAUCCUAAUAUGGUGAGAUUACAUGGGUUCUGCGUUGAAGGAAAGCAGCUCUUGCUAGUGUAUGAGUUUGUGGAGAACAACAACCUUGCUAGAGCACUCUUUGGUCCACAGGAAACUCAAAUCAGCUUGGAUUGGCCAACGAGACAGAAGAUAUGCCUAGGGGUAGCAAGAGGCUUAGCUUAUAUCCAAGAAGAAUCACGCCUGAAGAUUCUGCACAGGGACAUCAAAGCCUCAAACAUCUUGCUGGACAAGGAUUUGAAUGCCAAGAUUGCAGACUUUGGUUUAGCCAAGUUGUUUCGUGAGGAUGAAUCACACAUCACCACUAAUCCUGCUGGAACUCCUGGUUACUGGGAUCCAGAGUAUGCCAUGAAAGGCCAAUUGUCAGACAAAUCUGAUGUGUACAGCUUUGGCGUGCUUGCUUUGGAGAUUGUGUGCGGGAAGAGCAAUAGUACAGAACGUUUAGAUUCCACAAAGAACCUCUACUUUGUAGAAUGGGCACGUCUUUUGUGGAAGCAGAACAAGUAUGAAAAUCUUGUGGAUUCAAGGUUGCAAGAUUAUGACAGAGAAGAAGCUCUAGUGAUGGUGAAAGUUGGUGUUUUGUGCACAAGCCGUUUGCCUGCAGACAGACCAUACAUGUCAGAAGCAGUGAAAAUGCUGGAAGGGGAAUUCAGUGAAGAGAUGGAUGCAAAGCUAGCUAACAUAGCCAAUGAAUUGAAAGAGGAAGUGGAAGUGGAAGCAGAACCUCUAGACAUUAUGAAGCUUAUGUCAGAUGUCAGAAUGGAGCUUGAUGAACACAGGUCUGAAGAAGAAAUAGCCAAUGAAAUGAAAGAGGAAGUGGAAGUGGAAGCAGAACCUCUAGACUUUAUGAAGCUUAUGUCAGAUGUCAGAAUGGAGCUUGAUGAACACAGGUCUGAAGAAGAAAUCACAGAGGAGAUUUGCGGAAUCGCAGAUGACAUUUCUGAAAUCAGUUUGGUGGGAUGGAAAUUUAAAGGAAAAGAAAAGGCAGCAAGUUCAUCUGGUUAUUGACUUCAGUUUAGUGGCAUGCAU